CGACAACUAGCUGUCUCCCCACAAACCAAGAAUUUAAAGAUGGAUACUGGUGAUAUUGAAGCCACUAAGAUGUACAUUUCGUACAACAAUGUACACCAACUUUGUCAAGAAGCUGCUGACAAAAUUAAGCAAUUCAAGCCAGACCUCAUCAUUGCCAUUGGUGGUGGUGGAUUCAUUCCAGCUAGAAUGUUGCGUACAUUCCUUAAGGAACCAGGUCAAGCUAACGUCCGUAUUAUGGCCAUCAUCCUCUCUCUUUACGAGGACAUUGGAACUGUUGGAACCCAAGCUGAAGCCGUUGGUACCAAGGUUGUUAGAACCCAAUGGAUUGACUAUGCUCAAUCUAAAAUUGAUUUGGUUGGAAAGAACGUUUUGAUUAUUGAUGAAGUCGAUGAUACCAGAACCACCCUUCAUUAUGCCGUUUCUGAGCUUAAGAAGGAUGUUGAAGAACAAGCCAAGGCUAAGAAUGCAGACCCAAACUCCACCAAGUUUGGUAUUUUCGUUUUACACGAUAAGAUAAAGACUAAGCGUGCUGACCUCCCAGAUGACAUCAUGAAGACUGGGAACUACUUUGCCUGCAGAACCGUUCCAGACUGCUGGAUUGCAUACCCAUGGGAAUCCGCUGACAUUGUUUACCAUCAAAAGAGAGCCGUAGAACAAGACAACGAUGUUUUCCUUCCAUCAACAACUAUAUAGAGAAAGAAUAACUAAUAUGUAUGUAUAGAGAUAUAUAUACAUUUUCACAUAUGUAUUUUAAGAAUUUACGUGUAUUAAGAAUAAAAACCCCAAUGAACUAUGUAU